AUGAAUCCUCUCUUUAAGAUCAAGAAACAAUUUACUUGCUCGAUUUGUCUCAAUGCUUACACCGAGCCCAAAACUAUAUCAUGUCUUCACACAUUUUGCUGUAAGUGUUUAGAGACGCAUGCAAGAGUGAGCCAGAGACAAGGGAAAUUCCGAUGCCCCGAGUGUCAGGCAGAAAUCGAUUUACCGCAAGGAAAUCGCUUCGACCUUUUGCCUAACAGUAUUUUUCACAAAAGUCUGUUAGGUGUCCUUGAAGCGGAAGAUCGCCAAGCCACUCCAAGGCAACAACAGGAGACUUGCUCGCAACAUACGGAAGAAAGACUACGAUAUUACUGCUCCUCGUGUGAGGCGUGUAUUUGUCCAAUUUGCGUCACUGAAGACCACCGAGGCCAUGCGUUUGACGUGCUUGAAAAAGCAGUGCAAGAGGAGAAGAAAAACAUCCUGUCGACUGUCCAGACCAUCAAGGAAAAGGCAAACUUGUUUCGAGCAGAGUUAAGUAAACUAGAGAAAACAUCAGAGGAUGUGGAAUUGUUUAUCGCAAUCGCUAAACAAGAAGUGUCGAAGGCAACUGAACACGUGAUCACAAUGACGCGACAACAAGAAAAACAGCUCUUAGAAUCCUUAGAAAUGACGCGUAGGAGGAGAAUAGAGCGAAUCAACUCGGCUAAACAAGAACUUAAAUCUCUGGUAAAACAGAUGAACCAAGCAGCUGAGUUUGCGGAGAAUCUGGUGCAGAGAAGAUCAGCUGCGGAUAUCAUUCAGAACAAAAACGAGUUGAAACUUGAAGAGCUUCGUGGAGUCGAAGUUCCAAAACAUCGCCAGGAUAUAUUUGUCAAAUUUACCGCUGCAUCGCAACACAACUUUAAACUGGGUUCUAUUCAAGUGUCUGAGAAGCCGGCAAUCGCAGCUAAAUCAACUCUGGAAGGACUGGGUCAAACUUUCCAGGUUGGUGUACAAGCAAAGUUGACGUUGUGCCCACGGACAUCUGGAGGAGAGAUGAGUAACUGCGCUGAUCUCAAAGAUCAAGUAGAAAUGCUGAUAAAACCCGCCAAAGAUGUGACAAACGUGAUUGUUGAUGAGGAAUAUGACGGAAAGGUUAGGCUGAAGUUUACUCCCAAAGUACGUGGGGCCUGCAACAUUGAAGUGAGGAUUAAUGGCGAUAAACUACCGACUUGUCCCAUGACUGUGUGGGUAAAAGAACGUGAACUCGUUGUGGCAGGUGAGUUGAAGUUAAAACUCUUUCCAGAGGACACGCUUGAACGGUUAUAUGGAAUUGCUGUGAAUACAGAAGACCAGUUAGUUGUAACAGAUAACUUAGGCCACUGUGUUUAUGUUUUUGACAAAACUGGCAACCGUUUGAGAAAAACUGGAGGCGAGGGUAGCCAUACAGGACAAUUAAAGUUCCCUAAGAGCAUUUCGUUUUUAAAUGACAACGAAGUCCUAAUUGCAGACUCAAGCAAUUGCAGAAUACAACGACUUAAUAUUCAGACAGGAACUGCAGUGAAAAGUUUUGGAAAAAAAGGCAGAGAAAAAGGAGAAUUUGAUAGGCCAAUAGACGUUACUGUGGAUGAUGAAGAGCGCAUUGUUGUAACUGAGUGGGGCAAUGGUAGGAUACAGGUGAUGUCAAAGGAUGGAGAGUCUAUUUUUACAUUUGGAGACAAAGGCCCAGAGAAACUCUGUAGGCCAACCUGCUGCAUUCCUUACAAAAACAUGUUUCUCGUAACUGACGCAGGGAACCACUGUAUAAAAGCUUUUGAUCAGUCAGGAACAUUCUUAUACAAGUUUGGCAAAGAAGGGAAUCAAGAUGGACAAUUUAACCUGCCGCGUGGUUUGCUUGUAGACAGCUCCAAUAAUCUUCUAGUAUGUGACUUUGGCAAUAACCGAGUUCAACAGUUUGCUUUAGACGGUCGCUUCACCGGCAAAAGUAUCACUCAUUUAUCUUAUCCUGUGGCGAUAACAAAAGCACAAGACGGGCUUAUUCUUGUUACUAGCAAUGAUGAGAAAAAAGUGUAUAUUUUGAAAUAGACUCUUUCAAAAGUGAACUUCGCUUCUUGAGCCGUUCCUUUAACCUGUGUUUUGUUUUAUCUUUUACGCUGUUUUAUCACUUGUCUGGAAGAACUCUUAGCGAUAAUAUCCACAAGACUUACAAUUACUCUUAGAUACGAAUAUUUCUUGACUCCAAGUAAUUAGCCUUGGUCUUUCAAGUUCGCCAGUUUCAAGCCGUUUUAAUCUCCCCCAUCCUUCCUCACUUGGCCAUCCAUGUUUCUUCUCGGUUAAUUAUUAUCCUCUUUAAUUGCUUUUUCUCCGAUCUAAAGGCUUUGAUUUUUUUUUAUUUAAGGUCAAGGUAUUUCUCCGCAUCAUCAGUGGUGGUUUGAAUAAUCUAGACCACGAAAUUUAAAAUGUCUAGUUCAGCAGAACAACUACAUGCUGUAUAGAAACAUUUAACAAAUUUGACUUUUUUUAUAGCCUGAGAAUAUAUAGGUGGAAAACGUUAAGACCGAGUGCUGCUUUUUGCAGUCAUUGAUUGGUCAACUGUUUUUAAAAAUGGGCAUCUACUGGGUAAUUAUGUCAUAAUUAGAGGUGGUUACUGACUUUCCAACUAAGCUUAAGUGUUAGCUCUAAACUAUUUAAACUAUUUAUUUUAAGAAAUAGUCUCAGGUUUUCUUCUAUGUAAUAG